UGUUCUCGAGAUAGGAAAGCAGAAUGGGGAUUGAUUCCCCUAUUCACUGUUGUUGUUGUCAGGACGUCUCAGCUCUUUGUGAACUUCACGUUUUGAGAACUCUUCUAGUGAUAUACACUCUAUGUAUACAGAAGAAUAUACUAUAAAGAGGAGCUGGGAGUUUGCAUCCAUUGUACAAUUUUUGUUUGCUUUUGGAAAGAUUAUUCACCUUGACCAAUAUCUGGUGAUCGAACGUUUACAUCCCCUUUUAAUACUAGAUUCUCUCAUAAAUCCUUUAGAACCCUAUAAUUUCAGACUAAUAAGUAUUAUUCACGUUUGUUUGCUGAAUCAAUUGGGAAGAAAAACUUCUACUGCUAGUACAGGACCACGAUCUUGGCUAUCCAAUAUACGAAAUGAACUUAAAAAGCAAAGAGAGUAUUAUCAAGUUGUACAUUUGCUUCAUACUUGUCAAGGGGAGGAAGAGAUAUCCUUGUACGAUAGCAGAGGGGUUUCCCUCUUACAAACUACGGACUAUAUUUCUCUUCGUCCAACACAACGGCUGAUUCUAUUGAAAUAUCUUUGUGAAAGAGUUGCUGAGACUUGCGAAUCCAUCCGUAACUAUAUACAAGGUUACAUAGAGCAGCCAAGUGGAGUAAAAAGGAAACGUUGCAAGGCUAUUCCUCCAAGAAACCCUAUGGAAAUCAAUAAUAUUCGUUGUAGAGGGCUAGGGAAAGACGCAAAAGGUAACGAGUUCACAUACAUUGGAAAUCAAGAGCCAAACAGCAAUAGCUUUUGGAUUUACACUGAGGAAGCAAGUCAUAAUAACUCGCGUUCUGCAAGUGUUCUUUCAACAGUUGAAGAACUUUCAGAAUGUAUCGGAAGAAUUGAAAAUUCCGAAGCUCCUCGUGAUCGCGUGCUUGCUCAGAAGCUUCGUGAAAUCUUGUCACUUAUUUCUUCAAGAGAAGAUUCUCUUCCAACUAUGGAUAUAUGCUGCUCUAAUGAAGAGUCGACCAGAAGACCAUUAGAGGAGCGAAAAAUGGAUAACAAAAUCGGUUCAGAUAGUGAAAAUUUGCUUCAUUCUCACUAUACAGGAGAAGGAGAAGAGGUAGAUAAGGAAAACUGUUUUACGAGGAAAUGUCGCAAGCGAGUCAUUGCAUAUAAUGAUUCAGAUAACUCAGAUGUAGAUUCAGUCUCUUCAGGGGAUAGCAGUUUUGAAAUUUCUUCAGAUAUUGAAUUAUUGGAAAGUGAUGAAGAUUCAAACACCAGUUUUUCAAAUAGAACCCAACAAAAGUCUAUGCAUUCUGUCUAUUAUCCAUUAUUGACAUUCUCUUCCACUGUUUAACGAAUCACAUCGCUUUUUGAAUAGUUUUUUGCUUGAGUUGAAACAUUAGGAUUGUUUCAGUUGUAUUCGUUUUUGUGAAGACUUGAUGGGUCCAUUCUGAAUAAACAAAGAAUAAAUGUUUACUGAUAUUUCGAUAGUAAUAAAGAAAUACGUUGUCUG